CUAGUAUUCAAGCAUUUUCAGAGCAGUCUCUUUACUCUCUCUAUUUUCAAAACUCCAUUAAUGGCUGCCAAGCAAGACAACCCCUCUAACCCACCUAGCCCUAAGAACACUGACGAUCAGCCGCCAGCUCUUGAAGAGCUGAGCAACAUGGUAAAAACCGGCUCUAUUUUGGACAGAGCAGGUUUUCUACAGCACUCAACGGACAGGGAACUGACGGAGAAGAUUUUGAAGAAAUUCGAGGAUUGCGGUUUAAUGAGAUUCCUCACCUACGACUACCAAUCAGUGCACAGGAUGGAUUUCACAGAGUGGUUCGUGAACGCGAAGAUUGUGGGAGACGAAAUCCAAUCAAGAGUGGGAAACACUGACAUUAUUAUCGGCGCCGGAGAUAUUAGGGCGGCAUUUGAUUUUGUAGUUCCGGAAGGAGCACAUUCAGACUUGUCGAGAUACGCAUUCGAGCAGCAGAAAUUGUGGGAGGAGAUUAAGGCAGAUUUUGCCCCUGCUAAUCUCAAGCUUUCAUUUAAGAAGCGGUUAUUGAAGACAGAAUAUGAAAGGGCCGUGGAUGUGAUCAUUAAGAUUCUGCAGUAUAAGGUUGCAGGCACUGAUGAUGUUAAUCUGGAGAUUUUCACCUUGUUGAGUGCGAUCAUGGAGAAUUAUCCCUGCAAUUGGCCCCAAAUCAUCUUCAAUUUUCUCAGAAGCUACGUUGAGAGAGCAGUGAAUGUUGGUUCAAAGUCACUGAACCAAAAGGUUGGUUUUGGAUUUUUGGUUCAAUAUUUGUUGCAUUUGAAGGGCAUUAAGCUUAGGCCUGGAGUUCCUGUGCAUCGUAAUACUUAUUUGUUUAAGACUAAGCCCCAAGCACAUAAACGCCAAGCUGAAACCCCCACUAAGUCCAAGAAGAAGGCAGUUGUAGCUCAAGAGAGCUCUUCUAAGGUGCCUCUAGCCAAAAAUUUGGAGAAACUCCUCAAGUCUAAAAAGACUAAGAGGAGGCCAUUAAAGGAUGUAAGAGUUGUGAGCAAAGCAGUCAAAAUGGGUGGUGAGGAAGGAGAUGACACGAAGGUUAGGGAUUCUGUUGUUGAGGGGGAAGCCCGAGCCCCUAUUGCUCAAAUUGUUGCUGUUGAUGUUCCCACUUCUAGAGUGAAGGAGGAGGUGACAGAAAUUCCGGUGAAUGUGAAUGUUCAAACUCGAUCCAUCCCACGAGAACCUGCUACGACAGCAGCAGAUGUGACGAGUGAGAGCAUGGAUAUUGAUGCAGAUGCUGAGAUUGCAGCCGAGAUGCAAAUGGGAGAAACUCAGCCUGGUUCCAUUGUUGGAGGAGACUCGGCCUGUAUUGACGAGGAGUUGCUGGCAGAAUACAUGAGAGUCAAGGCUUGGCAGAAAUGGAGAAUCAGUGAUUUCGCCACCAUUGCUGCUGGGAUCAGUUUCAUGGAACCAGAGGAGGAAUUUUCGUUGAAGUGGCUGAAUACUUCAUAUAUUCCAGAAGCCACCAGUUUUGCAUUGAUAGAUGAUGUUUACAGCAAGAAGUUGGCUGCCCGAGAGGCUGAGAAGGGCAAAUAUAAGGCUGCUGAUGAAGAAUCUCAGAGCACAACUCCUAAGGAUGCUGAGAAAGCCUUUCAAAAGGAUUUUAGGAGGGCCAUGCAGCAAUCAAGGUUAGAGCAGGAGAUGGAAGGCCCAGGCUCAACUUCUGGGGUUGGUACGAGAAGGCCAAUCCGAGAAAUCACCCCAGAACAACCAACGAGAAGUCCUGAUGCACGAGAAGUGGCUGUCCUGAGCAGCUUUCAAACCAAAGAUGUUACCCAAACCUUACAAUGCGCUGAGGAAGCAAUGAAAAAGAUGUGGGGUUUGGUAACUAGAAUGGCAAAUAAGGUGGAACUUAUGGAAGAACAAGCCGCUGCUGUCCAGAAGAAGCUAAGCAAAAUUGAUGAGAAGAUGGAUGAUGUGUAUGAUAAAGUUGGUGCUAUCCCUGCCAUGAAUGAUAAGAUUGAUGUGAUCACUGAUGGGGUCAUCAAUUUGUACGAUAAGCUGAGUGUUUUUAUUGAUGAUGCCAAAAAGGGAGAAGGAAGUAGGAGACCCCCUAGGAGAUUUGGCAGUGCCCAACAAAGAGCUUCUGGCAGCACAAGCACUUCACAAGAUAUUGUUCCCUUCCCUGAUGAGUCAUACAGUCUACAAAAUCUUCUUGACUAUGCUAAAACAUGGAAUAUGAUCCAUUUUAAGAACGAAGAAAUAAGGAAGCAGAAGCAAGAGGAUGAAAGGGAAAGGGAAGAUGAAGAAAGGAAGAAGCGGCAGAGGAUUAUGGAGCAACAAACUGAGAAAGAGAUACUAGCCAAAUCGGCUAAGUAUAAGGAAGGAACUAGGCUGGACAGUGACUAGCAGCUUGCCAUGAUCAUCUUCCAGAUUGUGAGAGACACGGGUGUCUCAUUUACCGAUGGCAAGACUGCAGGAGAAUGCAUAGACUGGUGGAAAUGCAGGGUACUUGAUGGAGAAACCAUAGCUGAAGCUUUCAGAAAUUACCUACAUUUCAAUAUCACAAGAAAUUAUGCUCAAUGUGUUGUGCAGAACGACAUCAUAGCCUCGAGAAGAGCGAUCAAUGAGGCUGUGAACAAUCUAAAGAAGUUGGCAAAGGAUCUCGAAGAAAUAGCUAAGGCAAAUGAAGACAGACCAUUUCAAUAAUUGGGCAUUUGUAGACAUUUGGAGAAGGUUGGGACAAUUUGUGGAUGUCACAUUUAUGAUGAUUAUGCUCACCAUCCAACUGAAAUUCGUGCUGUUCUUCAAGCAGCACGUCAAAGGUUUCCAUUUAAGGAGCUUUU